AUGUCCAAGGCUGAGAGGGCACAGAAACUUCGUUCGCUCGUUCACUUACUUGCGGAGGCUGCCGAGGUCGUCAUUCGUGAGUGGGAGACCGAGGAUGAUGCUAAUUCGCACUAUGAUCCUCUGCUGCCUUCCGCUAAGCUAUACCAAGCUCGGCGCACGCUCGUGGGUACCUGCGGGAUGUGUAUCGAUAUCGUGCAGGAGCCUCAAAGCCGCCUAAUGGAAAUGGCUAUGGAUCAAUACGUUGCGCGGGCGUUGCAUAUCGCGGCAGAAGCUCGCAUCGCGGACGUCCUCGCCGCUAUCGAUCCUAAGGAAGGCAUGCCCAUCACGGACAUUGCCAAGACUGUUCAUGUCGAGGAACGAAAGCUUGCGAGGGUCCUGCGCUGUCUAUGCACCGUGCAUGUGUUCAUUGAGGUCAAGGAUCUGCACUUCGCCAACAGUGUCACAAGCCAGGUUCUGGCCAACAAUGACCCCUUGUGCUGUUGGCUCCUGACAAAUGGCCAGGCUAUCUAUACCGCUUCGGACAAGCUACCUGCCGUACUGUUCAACCCAGUCAAAAGCAGGUCCUACUCACUCGAAGAAACCGCCUUCCAAGAAGCAUUUAACACCUCGUACUGGGAGUACCUUGAGACGGAUGUUGGAGAACCCGAUGCAGUAGCCAAGCGGCGCCAAGAACGCGAGGUAUUCGGCCUUGCGAUGGUCGGCGGCGGCCGUGUGCAUGCUCCCCCUUUAUAUGCUGCGACAGAUUACCCAUGGGGAGCACUCGGUACAGCGACAAUUGUUGACGUCGGCGGAGGCGUUGGUGGCAUGAGUCUCGACCUCGCGAGGAGAUUCCCCGAAUUACGCUUCGUGCUGCAGGAUCGUCGGCCUACGAUAGCACAGGCCCGAGAGCUCUGGCAGCGCGAGAUGCCCGACGCCGUCAUGUCCGGACGUAUACAGAUGAUGGCUCACGACUUCUUCGCGCCGCAGCCUGUCGCAAACGCGGACGUCUAUCUCAUGCGCUAUGUUCUUCAUGAUUGGCCCGAUGCUGAGUGUGUAACCAUCUUGACGCAGCUCCGUGCGGCCAUGUCUCGCACCUCGCGCAUCCUCACCGCGGACCAGGCGAUCCACACGACUGCUGGCUCCGCGUACCUUACGCGUGCACCCGAGCCGUUGCCUGCGAACUAUGGCUUUGCUCACGUUCUGGCGAAUGCGCGCGACCUCAACAUGAUGGCGUUGUUCAACGGGAUGGAACGUACGCCAGAGCAGUUAGGCGCGUUGGCGGAGAAGGCCGGCCUGCGGCUCGUGAAGGUUUGGGAGUGUCGCGGAAUGGUAGCGAUCACCGAGAUGUGUCGAGAUGACUGGGACGAGUGA